AUGGCGAGAUCCUCGAGAGAACUGAAUUGCUGGACAAUCUUUAGCCUCUUGUGCUUGUUGUUGCUGGCUCUGGCCUCACCAUCAGUUGCGGUCAAACACCAUGACUUCAAACGAUGCGACCAGUCCGGCUUUUGCAAGAGGAAUAGGGCUCUUGCAGAUUCCAUGAUUCAGAAUGGUGGCUCUAAUUCUUCCCCCUACCAACUAGUGGCUGCCUCCAUCAAGUUCAAGAACGGCGUCUUAGAGGGCGCCAUCAUCAAGAACAUUCCACGUGCUACCCCGGUCAAGCUACCUGUCACCAUCACUUUCCUUGAUCGUGGUAAUGCUCGAGUUACCAUCGACGAAGAGAGGCGUCAGAAGAGAGACAUCGAGCUACGCCAUGGCAGCGUUGCCAGGAAAGAGAGAUAUAAUGAGGCCGGCGCCUGGGCUUUGACUGGAGCGGGUCUCCAACCCCAGAAAUCUGCUACCUUGACCAAGACCUCCAAAGAUGUCACAGAGGUAUCCUGGGGCCCAGAUGGCCACUUCAAAGCUAUCAUCCGCCAUGCUCCUUUUGGUAUUGAAUUCUUCACGGGUGAAGAGCAACAGGUGGUUUUCAAUGGUCGCGGUUUCCUGAAUGUUGAGCAUUGGAGGCCCAAAAUUGAGAAACCCACCGUCGAUGAGAACUCGACCGAGCAUGACCAGGCUGUCGAGUCUGCUGAGGAUGAAAGCACCUGGUGGGAAGAGAGUUUUGGUGGAAAUACUGAUUCUAAACCCAAAGGACCCGAAAGUGUGGCUUUGGAUAUCACCUUUCCAGGCUAUGGAAAUGUCUAUGGCCUCGCUGAGCACGCAGGCCCGUUGUCAUUGAAGCAGACUCGCGGCGGAGAAGGCAAUUACGACCAGCCAUACCGCAUGUACAACAGCGAUAUCUUCGAGUAUGAGCUCGAUAGCCCAAUGACACUAUACGGCUCCAUUCCUUUUCUUCAAGCUCACAAGAGAGAUUCCUCUGUCGGUGUCUUUUGGUUGAACGCUGCCGAGACAUGGGUUGAUAUCACUAAGGCAAAACGUGACACCAAUCCUCUGACUCUAGGAUUGAGCGGUGGCGUUGUAGACACCCAGACCCACUGGAUCUCUGAGAGUGGCCUGUUAGACGUCUUUGUCAUGCUAGGACCAACUCCUCAAGAUCUCGCCAAGUCAUACGGCGAGUUGACUGGCUACACGCAGCUGCCGGCCACAUUCGCCAUUGCCUAUCAUCAAUGUCGGUGGAACUAUGUCAGUGAUGAAGACGUCAAGGAUGUCGACCGCAAGUUUGACAAACACAAUAUCCCUUACGACGUAAUCUGGCUCGAUAUCGAGUACACUGAUGACAAGCAAUACUUCACCUGGGAUCCAUUGAAUUUCCCAGAUCCUAUCUCUAUGGAGAAACAGCUAGACGAGAGCGAACGCAAAUUGGUGGUCAUCAUUGAUCCGCAUAUCAAGAACAAAGCUGGCUACAGUGUUGGAGAAGAGCUGAAAAAUAAAGGAUUUGCUGUCAAGAACAAAGACAACAAUAUCUUUGAGGGUUGGUGUUGGCCCGGAAGUUCCAACUGGAUUGACGCCUUCAACCCUGCAGCUAGGGCUUGGUGGAAAUCACUCUUCUCCUUCGACAAAUUUAAAGGAACCAUGCAGAAUGUGUGGUUGUGGAACGAUAUGAAUGAGCCAUCGGUGUUCAACGGGCCAGAAAUCACUAUGCCUCGUGAUAACAUUCAUCAUGACAAUUGGGAACAUCGAGACUUGCAUAAUAUCAACGGCAUGACUUUCCAUAAUGCCACCUACCACGCUCUGGUAGAACGCAAAAGAGGGGUCGUUCGACGACCAUUUGUCCUGACUAGAGCGUUCUACGCUGGCUCUCAGCGGUCAGCCGCAAUGUGGACCGGCGAUAACCAGGCGAACUGGGAGCACCUGGCUGUGUCUAUCCCCAUGAUUCUCAAUCAAGGCGUAAGUGGAUUCCCUUUUGCUGGGGCUGAUGUUGGGGGCUUCUUUGGAAACCCAAGCAAAGAGUUACAGACUCGAUGGUAUCAAGCCGGUGCGUUCUAUCCUUUUUUCCGAGGUCAUGCACACAUCGAUACUCGAAGACGAGAGCCUUACAUGCUUGGAGAGCCUUACACCAGCAUCAUGACCAAGGCAUUAAGACUACGCUAUGCUCUCCUUCCAGCCUGGUACACUGCAUUCCACGAAGCCUCUACCGAUGGAUAUCCCAUUGUGCGCUCGCAGUACUAUGUUCACCCCGGAGAUGAGAAGGGCUAUGAGAUGGACGAUCAAUUCUACCUAGGCUCCACAGGUCUUUUAGUAAAGCCGGUCACUCGCGAAGGGGAGGAAAGUGUAGAUAUCUACCUUUCAGAUGAGGAGAAUUACUUUGAUUACUUCGACUAUACGGUUUACAGUGGUGGAUCGAAAACGCACAAGAUUGCGGCGCCGCUGGAAAAGCUACCGAUCUUGAUGCAAGGUGGCCAUAUAAUUCCACGGAAAGAUCGUCCUCGAAAGAGCUCUGGAUUGAUGAAAUGGGAUCCUUACACACUUGUUGUGGUAUUAAGCAAGACAGGAGAAGCGGAUGGCACCAUUUAUGUUGAUGAUGGUGAGACGUUCGAUUAUCAACAAGGUGCCUAUGUGCACAGGCAAUUAGCCUUCUCGAACAAUCAGUUGACAAGCAGCAACAUUGGCACCAAAGGCAGCAAGACUGCGUCGUAUCUCAAAACGAUCCAGGAGGUGAAAGUGGAGAAGAUCAUCAUCGUCAAUGCUCCAGCGACUUGGGCAGCAUCCACUGACGUUGCCGUGUCUCAAGACCAAUCUCAGGACGCAAAGGUUGACUUGAAUUACCAUGCAGCGGUUGGAGGCAAGGCAGCUUGGGCAGUGGUUCGAAGGCCAGAUGUCAAGAUUGGAGCGGACUGGAGCAUCAAUUUUAGGGGCAUCUCAAGCGAAAAGACAGAACUAUAG